AUGGCCACCGGUCUUACUCCUCCAACAGAUCCCAAAGCUGCUCGAAGGUUCUGGGGGCAUGUUUUCCUGAACUAUCCGCCUCGCGAGGUGGUUGACGCACCAGAGUUUCCGCCAAGGCCGGACCUGUCCCAAGAGAUCGACUGGGCGCCAUAUGUGGAAUCGAAAGAUGCAAGACUAGCACGCAUCUUGUGGGAUUGUCCCACUCAAAAACUCCGACAGUACUUGGACAGCCUAUCCCAGCACCCUUUUCCUCGGCCUGAUGACGCCGAUACAAGGGCAAUCAAGCACACAGAAGGACUCGCCUUAGAGGUGUACGAGCUUCUGCUGUUGGAGCACAUGUACCCCCUGGCAGAGUCCGAAUGGGAAAGUAAAUGGACCCAGAUGGGCAUGGACCAGGCCAAGUGGCCUUUCAAUGAUAUCUUAGAAGUCUGGGGACAUAUGCCUCAUACUGGUCCCGUCCUUAUUCGAGGCGAGGAUGUGUUGACUUCCCGCAAAUUGACCGUUGCAGUAUUGAGGCAGGAGCUUAGGGACCGAAACCAGGACCACGCUGGGACUUCACAAGUCUUGCGCCAGCGUCUUUACGAUUAUGAGCGAAAAACUCUCACACUCUUUUCCAGAAGCGACCUCUCACAUUGGAGGAUAUCCGAAGGGAAGCCGCGUAAGCGGAGAAUAAAUCCGGGCGACGAUUUGAACCCGUUGGACAUGUACACCUGGGCCAUUCAACUCAGCCCAUACAACCCUACAUACUGGGUCAGCCGUGCCUAUUGCCACUACCAACAGGCCUUUUUUGAUCUUGCGAUCGGAGAUGCCUACCGAGCCCAGCUUCUCUGCGAGGUGCUUGUCGAUGCUCGGUGCAGAAACCGUCAACCCGGGCUUUACCCCCGAAUCUGGCAUGCGAUCUCUCAGCACAUCCUGGCAGGGAUGAACAGUGAGACGGGAACCGUCCCGCCAGAGGUGGAAAAACUGCGCCAACCUAACGGGGUUAACUACUUCAUCCCAACCCUUCGAAAGGCACUUCAUAACAUCAUCAGCCUCAGUCUCGCUGCACUUCAAGCCCGAGAGGAUUGCAAGGUCAUGGAGAAAUACCUUCCUCAGAGGGUUGUCAUGCCGGACCGCGAUAGACGACCUUUCGAACGACGUCACGAGGUAAUGGAGGCUUAUUUCGAGGAGACUCACAGUGAAAAGGAGGCGAAAAAGCUUUGGUUUCACGAGUCUCGGGCAGGAAGGGUCUCGACAGAAAGGCUAUAUCCGUAUGAAUCGAGUGACAAACAUCGGACGGGCCAAGAUUUCCUCGAUGAAUUGAACCAGAGGCUCUUCAGAAACAAUCAAGCCCUCCCCUGGAGGAGAUGCAAGGUAAAGUCAGUUGAUCGCCUCAAGCCAGCAAAGGAUUCCGCCACGGCGCUAGGGGUGUUUGCAACCGAAAACAUCAAGGAAGGGCAGAUGAUUUUCGUCGAGGAGCCUGCAAUGCGGGGACAUCUCAGUGUGAGCAGGCUGCCAUGGGACCGGUGUGAAGAUAGCGCAAGAACGCCACGAUGCGACAAUUGCUACAAAGAGCUUGAUGCCGCGACGCCGGAAGUGGACCAAGAACGGAUCAGGAGGAUCAAAGCCGGAAACGACGUGGCAGCAUGCGAAUGCGUUCUGCUCGAUGGGAAAGAAGCUAUACCGCUAAGCUACUGCGCCCCAGGUUCUGGGCCCAAGACAUGCUCCGAGAUUGCACGGAAGCUUUAUCACUUUCGGGCCUGUGGGAAAAACUGGAAAUGGCUGCACGAUGCUAUGCGCCCAUGCAUGGUGCAAUGGCGUGAUGGAAGUCAUCACUUUACUCACACGAAUGAGGCCCAUGGAACAUUGUUGAGCCUUCUCCUCAGGGAAGUGUUCGACAUCACACUUGAGAGGCGCGAAAGGUUUCGCGACCCAAACCUCAUGGCGCACGAGAUUGACGAACUCUUGAUCCUUGAGGAUAAGUUGGACAGGACUGAUGAAAAAGUAGCAUUUCCGUUCACGUUGGCCGCCAACAUCCAGGUCCCAUUCGACAUUCUCAUGCAGCUGGGAGUGGACAUAUUCGGCGACCUCUCGUUCGACACCUGGGUCAUUCAAAUAGUGUUGAGAAAAUUGCUGAUCAACGCAAUUCCCUGGGCUAAUGUACCGGUCCUGAGGAUGAGCAAAGAGCCAGUCAAGAAGAUUGUCAGGCGGAAGGAGAUUGACAAUCCAGAAAAGCAACGAGAAAUUAUUGCAGAGAGGGAAAGCUUUGAAGGCUAUGACCCGUCAUUUCGAGCAUUGUAUCUCUAUCCAGGCCUCAGCCUGUUCAAUCAUGCCUGCCCAGAAAAGCAUAACGCAGAGUGGGGAUUCGACUUCCAGGAGGUCCCAAAUCGUGUACUUGUAUGGGCAAAAGAAGAUAUUCCCGAGGGCAAGGAAAUCCUCAUUUCCUACACCGAAUCGCCCUUGACAGAAAGGGGUAUGCUCAGGCAGCUUGGUCGACAAUGUGCUUGUGACGCCGAACACGAGGACGAGUCGAGCGAUGAGGAUGAUGCUCCGCAGCAGCGUUCUCAGUACCCGCCGCUGAGCGCGGCACCUCGUGUUACGACUCCAGAUACCAGUGCCGACCCGAGUCAGGGUCCUUCUACAAGGGCACUCGGGGCCCAGACGAAAGCUAUCAGAUCACAGAUGGACGGAGCUGACGACGACAGGGAGGAAUUUGCAGCUAGAGAGCAACAUUUACUUCCCGAAGCAACUGAGGCCGAACAGCAGUUUCUAAUGGAGCUGGAGCAUCAUAUGGCAACAAGAAAGCGCCCAUACCGCGGGGAAUGGGAAGAGACUGGAGAUUACAAGCGUCGACAGUUCGCUUCCUAG